CACCCUAAGGGUCAACAGGCGACAUGGUGGAGACGCCUAUCGGGCGGCCAGAAUUACGGAUUUGUUCAUCCCAUAUAUUAGCCAAAAUACUUAAUGAAUCUUAUUAAAUUUACGAUAUUCUUAAUCAGUAGGAUUGUCCGCAGGUCGGCAAAGAUUGAUUGUUGUAAAUUUUUCUCUUUGUUGUCUACGUAGUGACGCAAUUAAGAAGUAAUAAUUUUAUGUGAAAACAAUGUUUAUUUUUUAUAAAGGACAACAUUAUUAAUAAUAGAUGUACAAUUCAUGAUAUUAGCAAUGGAUGUAAUUGCCAAUAACACAGUCAAGGCAGAUAUAAACCUUAAUAUUUUAAGGCAGAUGGAAAAAGAUCUUGAUAUGGAUGAGAAGAUCUCUAUAUUAUUUUUAAUAGCAGACGAUUAUGCAAAUGCAUUUACGGAUAUCUUUAAUCUUUUUCAAAAAGCAAAGACGGAGGAUUCAUACAUGAUCAUAGAUUAUGUGAGACAAUAUCCGAACAAUUGGGAAGAUAAAGUUUUAGAAUCGUUAUGCGUUCUAAAUAAUCAAGAAGUUAUAAGGAAAUUAAAACUGUCAUUUGAGAAUUUGGACCUGCAAUAUGCUCCAAAUUUCACAUUCUAUUCAAAAAGUAUAAACAUAGUCGCAAAGUGCUUAUACAGACUGUGCGAAUCUUUGAACGAGAGUGAGCAAAAAUUAUUACUAAGUUAUGUUAAAUCUGAUAUUCCUAAUUAUAAAUCGUUGCUAGAUGAUGUAGAUUAUCUUGAGUUGCAUAUGCUUUAUUGGAUGCAAAUUAAAUACAUGACAAUUUCAAAAGAUCAAAAUCAUAAUAUGGAAAAAUUAUUAAAACAUUUGGAAAAGUUUAAGGAUUUAAAAAUAAUUUCUCUCAAUUUGGAGAAAUUUGAAAAUCGAUUGCAUGUUGAUAUUCAUGGGAAGACUGGAGCAAAUGACAAAAACUAUGUUCAUUCAAAUUUUCCGACAGAACCAUCUCUCGCAGAAAAUAAUAAAGAGAAAAUACAAAUUAUUAAUAAUGGAUUAUGUGUGAUUAUAAAUCAGAAGUCUUUUGGAAGAGAGUAUGAGACGCGACUUGGAACUGAUGCGGAUUGUAUUAAUUUAUCUAAAACAUUUAAAGCUUUUGGGUUCCAAGUUAAGAUAUAUAAAAAUCUAAAGAGGAAAGAAAUGAUAGAAACAAUUAAAAAUAUUCCAAAAGACUAUGGUAACAAGUAUGAUUGUUUAUUGCUUUGCAUCUUAAGUCAUGGAUAUAAAGGAGGUGUAAUUUCAUCAGAUGAAAAAGAAGUUUCACUGGAAGAAAUUGAAGGAGCUGUUUGUUGUAUGGAAUUGAAAGAUGUUAUAAAAAUUGUUGUUGUUCAAGCUUGUCAAGGAAAGACACGUGGAAGUAUAAAUAACUGUUUGACAACGGACGGUUUAUCCGAUUCUGUACUUCAAUUAAAAGAUGUACGUCAGUUUACAAAAUUUUUAUUAUUUAUAUCGACAAUACAAGGUUUUGUUUCAAUACGUCAUAUGGAACAAGGUUCAUGGUUUAUACAAGAAUUUUGUGACGUUUUCAAAACUUAUGGGAAUCAGUUAUCUUUCCUCGAGUGUGCGAGAAAAAUAAUUAAAUCUAUGCGAGAGAAAAGUGCAAUAAAAGAUGGGACUCAGAUUGCACAAUUGCCAGAGAUACGCAAUUAUCGUUUAGACUCAGACUUUCAGUUAAUGACUGCAACUGCCUCUGUACUUUAAGUAUAGUAAUUAGUAAUGUAUUUGAAAUGUUUUUAUUUUAUAUGGACAUAUUAUGAUAAGUAAAAAGAUUAUUGAUUUGUCAAAUUAAUUUUUGAAAAUGACAUAAGAUAAAUACUCAGAUAUGAAAAAUCAGAAAAGAUAAUAUUAAUUUAAAGAGUAAUUAUUUAUUUUAAUAUUUGCAAAAUUUAUUUAUACAUUUUAAAAUAUGGUUGCUUUAAGAGUCUAUUGAACACUUAAAUUUAUUACAUAUUUAUCUUAUGUAUUUAAUUAUAAUGAAUGACAAAUAUUAAAAAUGUGUUUACAACUAUUUGUAAAUGCAAGAAGCAUUUUAUAUAUGAAAAGUAUAAACAAAAGGUUUUAUUUAAUGUUAUUAAGAUUUAUGUGAAUAAUAUAAGCAUUUAGAACAUUAAUAAUAAUAUAACAAAACGAAAAGGAUAU